GAAUUAGCCCGUCAGGGUCUUAAAAAUCCCCAAACUCAUGCUUUCCGCCUUCCCUUUUUCUUUCUCUUUCUCUCUUUCCUCCAGCCAGAUCCACUCGACAAAACCCGAUCGAAUCGAAAGCCAACCCAGCAACAGCGUCCGAUCCCGCCGCCCACGAUCCAGCUCCCCUAGGGUUCGUUCGCUCGCUCGCUCGCUCGCCAUGUCCUCCUCCACCGCCUCCUGGUCGCGCUACGGCGCGGUCCCGGCCUCCCCCCCGCCGGUGCUGGGGCCGAUGGCGGCGCCGGCGAGCGCGGACGGGAACGGCGAGGCGGCGGCGCCCUCGUCUUCGUCGCCGGCGGCGACCGCGGCGGAGGCCGGGGUGGCCUUCUUCUCCCGCGCGCGGGUGAGCGCGACGGCGGCCGCGGUGGGGCGGCCGCGGGCGUGGCGGGAGGUGCUGGACUUGACGGCCUUCUCGCGCCCGGAGAGCUGCGGCGAGGCGCGGGCCAGGGCGCGGCGGAACCUCGCCUACUUCCGCGCCAACUACGCGCUCGCCGCGCUGCUGCUCGUCUUCCUCGGCCUCCUCUACCGCCCGCGCUCCAUGCUCGCCUUCCUCGCCCUCUUCGUCGCCUGGCUCGCGCUCUACUUCGGCCGCGCCGACGACGACCCGGUCGUCUGCCUCCGCCGCGAGGUAGACGACCGCCUCGUCCUCGCGCUCCUCGCCGCCGCCACCGUGCUCGCCGUCGCGCUCACCCGCGCCGGGCUCAACCUGCUCGUCUCCCUCGUGCUCGCCUCCGCCGUCAUCGGCGUGCACGCCGCGUUCCGCAUGAACGUGUACCUCGACGAGAGGGACGCCUUCGAGGGCGCCGUCUCCUCCUUCACGGGGAGCACCUAUGGCUACAGCACGCUCCCUAGAUGAGGAGGCACUGGAGUGUGUUCUUGAGAGGAUUCUUGCCACGGUCCUGAUCUGUUCUUGGAAGAUGCAAUUCUCUUCUUUUUUUAUCCUUUUUGUGUAGUUUGAAUGUCGUGUAUAGAAUUCGGUUUUCCCUUUUGUGGAGAAUUUCGAUUUGUUUGUAGCAUGCUUGGUUGUUUAAAGUGAAUUUUGUAAGCUGGUUGUGAUGAUUUGAAGGUGAUUUUGCAAGGGAAUUUUUUGUAAGCUC